CCGUCUCUUGCGGAGUGGAUCCUCUCUGGCUGCGGUCAUAAGAAAGAGCUCCACCGCCUGCGCCAUAAGCAUCAGCUCUUGAGCUUUCCUGCCAAAGUCACAUACCUGCGAUUGCUGCAUAGCAUGCGUCCAGAAACCACGGCGCCAUCAUGAGCGAACCCAAACUACCAGUCAAGCAACUGGUCAUUCUUUGUGAACAAUACUCCAUCUUGCUUCACCGCCCGCCGUGUAGCUAACAGACAUCAGCCAUAUGUCGGUUCGCAGAACCGAUCGCCCUGACAUCGGUCUGGCCAUAUGUACCAGAGCUUAUGGAACGGUUCGGCGUGCCUCAGAACGAAAUCGCGCGUUGGGCUGGCCUCACGUCCGCCAUCUUCUCGAUAUGCCAGGCCUUCACAGGCUUGAUUUGGGGUGCGGCGUCAGAUCACUACGGACGGAAACCGAUUAUACUGCUGGGCCUGCUCAACACGAUGUGGACUAUGCUGCUCUGGGGAUUCUCGACGAAUCUGCCCAUGGCCAUGACGGCGCGUGCGCUGCAAGGCCUGGGCAACGGCAAUGUUGGCAUUCUGCGCACGACAGUCGCCGAGCUGUGUCCCUGGAAGGAGCUGCAGCCUCGAGCCUUCUCUGUCAUGCCGCUGGUCUUCACGGUUGGAUCCAUCUUCGGUCCCACAUUGGGCGGUGCGCUUUCGAACCCGCUACGACUCGACCCUCGCAAGCCGAGUGGUAAUAGCUUGUUGGAAAGAUUCCCAUACUGCUUGCCAAACCUUGUGGCUGCGAUCUUCUUCGCAAACGGCAUAGUCGUAGGAUGGCUCUUCCUACAAGAGACGCUCGAGACCAAGAAGAACCAUCAAGAUCUCGGUCUCCGGACGGGCACUAGGCUUGUGGCAUUUUUCCGCAAGCUAUUCGGUAUUGGAAAGAAGGGUGACAACUUGGAGCCAGAGCGCGAGCCAGAGCGCGAGCCGCUUCUUGGUCAGCAGAAGACUGUGAAUCGUUCUAAAACUACUGCCAACGGGCCAGUCGUUGGGCCAGUCGUCGGGACAAGGCCAAAGAAGCCCAGAAUCCGCGACGUCUUGACAUAUCAGACAACGUUGAACCUGGCCGUGUACACACUCCUGGCACUCUACUCGGUUGCAUAUGAUCAGUUGAUACCUGUCUUUUUGCAUCAUCCACCGCAGAAGCUAGAUGAUCCCAACGUCAGCCUGCCUUUCAAGUUUGCCGGUGGCUUUGGCAUCGAUUCGCGACGCAUAGGCGCUAUUUUCACCUUCUUCGCCGUCUCGUCAACCUUGUUCCAGUUCCUACUGUUCCCACCGCUUGCGCGCAACCUAGGUGUGCUCAACUGUCUCCGAAUCGCCUUCCUGAUCUAUCCAGCCAUCUUCUUCAUCACGCCCUUUGUCAGCCUCAUCCCAGAUCCUACUGCGAAGCAGAUUGUGAUGAUGGCUCUGCUGGUAGUGCGCGGCCUUGCUGGCACCUUCGCAUUCCCGACUUCAACCAUCAUGCUCACGAACAGUGCUGCCAGUCUCCAGGUUCUCGGAACCAUCAAUGGUGUUGCGACUAGUGUCUCGGCGAUCGGGCGUGCAUCUGGACCAGCCAUUAGCGGCGGGUUGUUCACCUGGGGGGUUAAGCGAGGAUACAUCAUCGUGCCUUUCUGGACGUUGACCGUCAUCUCGCUAGUAGCAUCAAUCCCAACCUGGUGGCUUGUGGAAGGCAAGGGCUUUGGCAGCAGCGAUGACUCCGAGACUGAGGACGAGGAUGACGACUCGACCAUCGAUGACGAGGAAAUCGCCACAGCACCUAGAGCGGUACCUGAAGAUAUGGCAGCACGGUCAGAGUCCGAGUUCGGCGAACCUGGCGCUAUACUCAGCUAUACUAGCACGCGAAGAUCAAGUGCAGCUCCUUCAGAUGAAGAUGAAGAGAUCAACGACCUUGAACGUAGGCGAUCAUCUACGCAGCUGCAAGGCGCUAGAAGCCACUCUCGUGGUAGCAAUGACAGAAGACAUUCGUCUAUACCGAUUGGUAUGGGCAAAGGGCUGCGGAGGUACAGCUCGAAUCUGGGUAGUACGGGUGUUGAUGCCAGCGGUACAAGUUGGGGCGGAAGGUAGUGCCCGGCCACGGCACGCUACGAAUUUGGAUGCCGCAAUCCCCGCAACAGCAAUGCGCUGAAGGUGUUAUGGAAGCAGGCAAUGACUAUGGCGAGGCGGUUUCAGCCUUGCAUAACAAACGUAUCUGGCUGCCCAACGCCGCACACUGCUAGAAGAACGUCACGGUCCAUUCGCACUAAGACACAAGCAAUAUCACAUUUAACCAUCGAUGUUGGUGCUAACAGUUCGUCGUACAAGCCGUUUGGAUUUUGCUUUGCCUCAAUGACUGGC